GAAUUAGUUCGCGUAGGAAGGGGGGACGUAUUGGUUCACGUCAGAAUGCACGUAGAAUACCAAAAGGAGUAAUUCAUGUUCAAGCCAGUUUCCAUAAUACCAUAGUGACUGUUACAGAUGUACAGGGACGGGUAGUUUCUUGGUCCUCUGCCGGUACUUCUGGAUUCAAAGGAACCAGAAGAGGAACACCUUUCGCUGCUCAAACCGCGGUAAUAAAUGCUCUUCGUAAAGUAGUGAAUCGAGGUAUGCUACGAGCCGAAGUAUUUAUAAAAGGUCCCGGUCUCGGAAGAGAUGCAGUAUUACGAGCUAUUCAUAGAAGCGGUAUAUUAUUAACUUUUAUAAGGGAUGUAACCCCUAUGCCACACAAUGGCUGUAGACCCCCCCAAAAAACGACGUGUGUAGAAAUCAAAAGUGAACCUAUAUCAAGAGAAAUAGAAGAUUCACUAAUAUACUAAAUCAAAAUUUUUAUGGUUCGAGAGAAAGUAGCAGUAUCUACUCGGACACUACAGUGGAAAUGUGUUGAAUCAAGAAUAGACAGUAAACGCCUUUUUUAUGGCCGCUUUAUUCUAUCUCCACUUAUAAAAGGUCAAGCCGAUACAAUAGGAAUUGCGAUGCGAAGAGCUUUGCUGGGAGAAAUAGAAGGGACAUGUAUCACACGUGUAAAAUCUGAGAAAGCCUCGCAUGAGUAUUCUACCAUAGGGGGGAUUCAAGAAUCGGUACAUGAGAUUUUAAUGAAUUUGAAAGAAAUUGUAUUGAGGAGCAAUCUAUAUGAAAGUUGUGAUGCGUCUAUUUGUAUCAAGGGACCUCGACAUGUAACUGCCCAAGAUAUAAUAUUACCCCCCCAUGUACAAAUUGUUGAUAACACACAACAUAUAGCUUGGUUGACGGAACCUAUUGAUUUUUUUAUUGGAUUAAAAAUAGAGAGAAAUCGCGGAUAUUUCAACAAAGUGGACCUUCACUUUGACGAUGGAAGUUAUCCUAUAGAUGCUCUCUUCAUGCCGGUUCAAAAUGCAAAUCAUAGUAUUCAUUCUUAUGGGAAUGAAAAACAAGAGAUACUUUUUUUGGAAAUAUGGACAAAUGGAAGUUUAACACCAAAAGAAGCACUUCAUGAAUCCGCCCGAAUAUUGAUUGAUUUCUUUAUUCCUUUUUUCCAGAUGGAAGAAGAAAACUUAUAUUUAGCAGAUGCAAAACACACAAUUCCCCUACCCCCCCUUAUCUUUUAUAAUAAAGUGACUACACUUAUAAAAAAAAAAAAGAAACUUUCAUUGAAAUUAAUUUUUAUUGACCAAUUAGAAUUCCCUCCCAAGAUAUAUAAUUGCUUGAAAAAGUCAAAUAUAUUUACAUUAUUUGAUCUUUUUAAUCAAAAACAAGAAGAUCUUUUAAAAAUAGAACAUUUUCAACUAGAAGAUAUAAAACAUAUAUUGGGGAUUCUAGGAAAAUAUUUUGCACUGUAUUGAUUAUAAACUUAGGUUUAAUUAAUAAAAAAAAUAAAUUGAAACAUUCAUGAAUAUGAAUUGACGUGUAUCUAGGAAGAACUUUCAAGAAACGCUUCCCUAGAUACACAAGCUUUGGUUUUUUUUAAAUUGAAUCAAAACUCCACAAAACAAAUUUAAAAAAGACCUAAAGUGAGGGAUUUUUCAAUAGGUAAUGUUGCACCAAUGCCCAACCAAAAGGUAACUCCGGGUACCAAUAAAAAACACAGUGGUUGCUACUGGACGACGAAAUGGGUUUUGGAAUUUAUUAACAUUCUCUAAAAAAGGUACUGUUAAUAAUCCCGUAGGUACUGAAAGCAUUAAAAGAACACCUAAUAUUUUAUUAGGCACUGUACGAAGUAUUUGAAAUACAGGAAAGAAAUACCAUUCAGGUAAUAUUUCUAAC